UCACAGUCGCUGACGGUGUGUUUUUUACGUGUGAUAUGCCGCCGCUUCUCAGUCAGCAGCCUUUGGACGCGAACUACCACCUGGAUCUCACGGGGUGUGAGCGCGUGCGGUAUGCGGAAAAAGUACGCAUGUGUGACAACAUCGACCCCUUCACGCUGCGACCGGGAACGGACACGGCUAGUGAUGUCGGCAUAUUCCCAGAGAUUUGUUAUGGUGACAUCGUCAAUUACCUUGUUUUCUCUGCAAACUUUCUGACCCUUGAGGAGAUGAAGGCGUUUAAGUCGACCGAAGCGCAUAAUUAUUUUACUAGCGGCUGGGUGAAGGGUCUGUCUGCAAAGCAGCUGCAAGGUGAAAAGGUGCUUCUGCUUGGAGAGGUGAACCAUUCACAAAGGAUGCGAGACCAGCCGCUACAUGUAUGGAUAUUAUGCAAAAAAAGUGGGGUUGUGCUCACAGCCCACUGCACCUGUAUGGCCGGAUUAGGAGAGGCAUGCUCUCAUGUCGGAGCCUGCUUGUAUGCCACUGAGACUGGCGUGAGAAUGAAGAAUGCUAUCAGCUGCACCUCAAACAACAACAUCUGGCUUCCUGCAUACGUGGAGAAAGUACAGUUCAGGAGGCUCAAAGAUAUAGAUUUCACUUCGUCCAGAAUGAAAAAGCGAAAGCUGGAUGAUGAAAACAGCAGCACAACAGAGGUUGAACCGAAGAAACGCUUGGACAUCCCACCGCCCACAGAAGAGGAACUUGGAGGCCUUUAUAGAGCUUUCAAAACCACCAACGUUGUACCCGCGCUAUUUUCAGUGCUGCCAGAAUAUUGCGAGAGCUUCCAGGAGCCCGUACGAUCCCAGCCUGCUCACUUAAGAAAGUUGUACAGCGAGCAGAACUUGGCUGAUGAUCUUGACAUGCUUCUGAAGAAGGCGAAAAACUUUCUGUCUGAAUUUUCAGUCGGAGAGGGCACGAUAAAGUCAGUUGAGGCUGCCACAAGACAGCAGAGCAACUCAUCGGACUGGUUUCUUUAUCGGGCUGGCAGAGUAACAGCUUCGGUAAUGAAGAGGGUUUGUCACACAAAUAUCGAAAGCCCCAGCAUAUCACUGUUGAAGUCGGUAUGCUACCCUGAAAAAAAUUCCGUCAGAGUCCCUGCCGUCAUGUGGGGUUUGGACCAUGAACAAGAUGCUUUGCGAGCUUACACAGAUAAGGAAGCCACCAAACAUCAUGACUUCCAGUGCCGCGGGUCUGGUUUGCACCUCAGCACUGCUUACCCUUUUAUCGGUGCGUCACCAGAUGCCAUCGUCUCGUGCAGCUGCUGUGGGAAAGGUGUCGUGGAGUUAAAGUGCCCUUUUUUGCUGAAAGGUGCCGAGGAGAUCACCACUCAGAAUUCAUGCUUGCGUGAUACUGGUGGAACAUUUAAGCUGAAGACAGAUCACGCUUACUAUUAUCAAAUCCAGACCCAGAUGACUGUGUGCCAGGUUCAAUUCUGCGACUUUGUGGUGUGGGGACCAAAUGUGUUACACAUUGAAAGAGUAAGACGUGACGAACAGUUUUGCAUCAAGAUAUUUGCUCAGGCAAAGCAGUUUUUCGAGAGGGUAAUUUUACCCGAGCUAUUUAGUCGCUACUACACGAGGCAGCAAAGCAAUCUUGAAGACAAGCUGUCCGACGAUGUCGAAUACUGUUUCUGCCGUGGACCAGACACUGGAAAAAUGGUUGCUUGUGACAGUGCAUCAUGCCAGUACAAGUGGUUCCACUUCUCCUGUCUUGGACUCAAGCAAAAGCCAAGAGCAAAGAAGUGGUUUUGUCCUGAAUGUAAAGACAAGACGGAUUAG